CGGCAGCCAUCUUCUUGGGGGUGCUGGGAGCCGGGAAGACCCCCCGAAUCGUUCCCAUUGAGCUGCCCUUCGUCUUCGCCUUCUUUACUUUUGCCUCUUUUGCGUUGCCAACAAGCACCUAGUCCCGAAGCUGAGAGGAAGCCCGGGUCUAAGCGCGUUUCGCGCUCCCGGUUCGGGAAGACUCGCUGGGGAGUAGGGAAGGGGGAGGGCCCGGGCAAACCGUUGCUGCCUCAGCCCAGGCCGGGGUCCGGGAAGGGGGAGCUCCUAGCACCCCGAGGACUCGCGGCCUGCGGCGAUCCCCGCGGAGCUGUUCGCCGAUCGGGGCUCGCGGGAACCUGCCACCGGCGCCUCCCACCGCGGCCCACGCGGGCGGCGCGCGGAGGAGGGGGCGGGGGCAGCGGCGGCCGUAGCGGCCGCGACCUGGGCGGGCUGAGGAGUGUGACGGGCCUCGGGGCCGCUGUGGAUGGUUUCUAAAAUGAUCAUUGAAAACUUCGAGGCACUCAAGUCCUGGCUCAGCAAGACUCUCGAGCCCAUCUGUGAUGCAGAUCCAUCAGCCCUAGCAAAAUAUGUUCUGGCUUUGGUAAAGAAAGACAAAAGUGAAAAAGAAUUAAAGGCAUUAUGUAUUGAUCAACUGGAUGUAUUUCUUCAGAAAGAGACACAGAUAUUUGUGGAAAAACUUUUUGAUGCUGUGAAUACAAAAAGUUAUCUACCUCCUCCAGAGCAGCCAUCAUCAGGAAGCCUGAAGGUAGAGUUUUUUCAGCACCAAGAAAAAGAUAUAAAAAAAGAAGAGAUUACAAAAGAAGAAGAGCGAGAGAAGAAGUUUUCUAGAAGGCUAAAUCACAGUCCUCCCCAGUCAAGCUCCCGGUAUAGAGAAAAUAGAAGUCGUGAUGAGAGGAAAAAAGAUGAUCGCUCUCGCAAAAGAGAUUAUGAUCGAAACCCUCCUCGAAGAGAUUCAUACAGAGACCGGUACAAUAGAAGACGAGGGCGAAGUCGCAGCUACAGCAGGAGUCGAAGUCGGAGUUGGAGUAAAGAGAGGCUUCGUGACAGGGAUAGAGAUAGAAGCAGGACUAGAAGCAGAAGCAGAACACGAAGCAGGGAAAGGGAUCUAGUAAAGCCUAAAUACGACCUGGAUAGAACAGAUCCAUUAGAAAAUAAUUACACUCCAGUGUCUUCGGUACCCAAUAUCUCUUCUGGCCACUAUCCUGUACCUACUUUGAGCAGUACCAUUACCGUAAUUGCACCUACUCAUCAUGGUAAUAACACUACUGAAAGUUGGUCUGAAUUUCAUGAAGACCAGGUGGACCAUAACUCUUUUGUAAGACCACCAAUGCCAAAGAAAAGGUGUAGAGACUAUGAUGAAAAGGGUUUUUGUAUGAGAGGAGACAUGUGCCCUUUUGAUCAUGGAAGUGACCCAGUAGUUGUAGAAGAUGUGAAUCUUCCUGGCAUGUUGCCUUUCCCAGCACAGCCUCCUGUUGUUGAAGGACCACCUCCUCCUGGACUCCCCCCACCUCCACCAAUUCUUACACCCCCACCUGUGAAUCUCAGACCCCCAGUGCCACCUCCAGGUCCAUUACCACCCAGUCUCCCACCUGUAACAGAUGAUAUUUCUUAUUCUUUGGUUUUGACAGGACCACCACCUCCACUUCCUCCUUUGCAGCCAUCUGGCAUGGAUGCUCCCCCAAACUCUGCAACCAGUUCUGUUCCUACUGUAGUAACAACUGGCAUUCAUCACCAACCUCCUCCUGCUCCACCCUCUCUUUUUACUGCAGUUUUUGUAUUACCAGAUACAUAUGACACAGAUGGCUACAAUCCUGAAGCCCCAAGCAUAACAAACACUUCCAGACCUAUGUAUAGACACAGAGUGCAUGCACAAAGGCCUAACUUGAUAGGACUAACAUCAGGGGAUAUGGAUUUGCCACCAAGAGAAAAGCCUCCUAAUAAAAGCAGUAUGAGGAUAGUAGUGGAUUCAGAAUCAAGAAAAAGAACCAUAGGUUCUGGGGAGCCUGGAGUUCCUACAAAGAAGACUUGGUUUGAUAAGCCAAAUUUUAAUAGGACAAACAGCCCAGGCUUCCAGAAGAAGGUUCAGUUUGGAAAUGAAAAUACCAAACUUGAGCUUAGAAAAGUUCCUCCAGAAUUAAAUAAUAUCAGCAAACUUAAUGAACAUUUUAGUCGAUUUGGAACAUUGGUUAACUUACAGGUUGCAUAUAAUGGUGAUCCUGAGGGUGCCCUUAUCCAAUUUGCAACAUAUGAAGAAGCAAAGAAAGCAAUAUCAAGUACCGAAGCAGUAUUAAACAAUCGCUUUAUUAAGGUUUAUUGGCACAGAGAAGGAAGCACCCAACAGUUACAAACUACUUCCCCAAAGGUAAUGCAACCUUUAGUACAGCAGCCCAUUUUGCCUGUUGUGAAGCAGUCAGUUAAAGAGCGACUGGGCCCAGUACCUUCAACUACUGUUGAACCAGCAGAAGCCCAGAGUGCUAGUUCAGACCUUCCUCAGAAUGUAACUAAGUUAUCUGUGAAGGACAGGUUGGGUUUUGUAUCAAAGCCAUCUGUUUCAGCAACUGAAAAGGUAUUGUCUACAUCUACUGGCCUAACAAAAACGGUGUAUAAUCCAGCUGCUUUGAAGGCUGCACAAAAAGCCUUACUUGUUUCUACCCCUGCAGUUGAUAAUAAUGAAGCACAGAAAAAAAAACAGGAGGCACUGAAACUUCAGCAGGAUGUAAGGAAAAGGAAACAAGAAAUUUUAGAAAAGCACAUUGAAACACAGAAGAUGUUAAUUUCAAAGCUAGAGAAAAAUAAAGCAAUGAAGUCUGAAGAUAAAGCAGAAAUAAUGAAGACUUUAGAGGUUUUAACAAAAAAUAUUACCAAGUUGAAAGAUGAGGUCAAAGCUACUUCUCCUGGACGCUGUCUUCCAAAAAGUAUAAAAACAAAGACUCAGAUGCAGAAGGAAUUACUGGACACAGAAUUGGAUUUAUAUAAGAAGAUGCAGGCUGGAGAAGAAGUCACUGAACUUAGGAGAAAGUAUACAGAAUUACAGCUGGAAGCUGCAAAACGAGGGAUUCUUUCAUCUGGUCGGGGUAGAGGAAUUCAUUCAAGAGGCCGUGGUGCCACUCAUGGCCGAGGCAGGGGUCGAGGUCGUGGGCGAGGUGUGCCUGGUCAUGCUGUGGUGGAUCAUCGUCCCAGAGCGUUGGAGAUUUCAGCAUUUACAGAGAGUGAUAGAGAAGAUCUUCUUCCUCAUUUUGCGCAAUAUGGUGAAAUUGAAGAUUGUCAGAUUGAUGACUCUUCACUUCAUGCAGUAAUUACAUUCAAGACAAGAGCAGAAGCAGAAGCAGCUGCAGUUCAUGGAGCUCGUUUCAAAGGGCAGGAUCUAAAACUGGCAUGGAAUAAACCAAUAACUAAUAUUUCAGCUGUGGAAACAGAAGAUGUUGAACCUGAUGAAGAGGAAUUUCAGGAAGAGUCUUUGGUGGAUGACUCAUUACUUCAAGAUGAUGAUGAAGAAGAAGAGGACAAUGAAUCUCGUUCUUGGAGAAGAUGAUUUGACUGAUCAUUGAUCGGCAUAUGCUAGAACUCUACCUGUGUUUCAUUAGUAUUAUCUAAUGUACUUUUACAUAUUUGUAAAAACAAUUUUUUGGUAAAAUGUGAUGAAGAUGGAUUUCACAAAUAGACAAAAGAGAAGAAAACUACCUUCUGAUCCUGUAUUUUGAAAGAUUGAUGUUUGCAUUUUAUUUCAGUAAACAAUGCUAAAGACAUCACACUAGAACAUAUGCAAUGUUUUUAUUACAUACUUCUACUGAACAUUACAGAAUUCUUUGGGUUCUUUGUAAUUUAAUGAAUAGGUCUGAAAACUUAUGACCCAAUACUUGUUAUAAUUUAGAAGAUUUUGUUUUACUCCAAAUAAGGAAUGAAUUUGCAUUUAAAAUCUUAAUGAAUGUUUUCAAAAUGAAUAGAUAACAUAGUACUCUAACUAAAGUCUCCAAGUUAUGUAUUCAUAAUAUUACAUAGUAGUAUGCUUAGGCUUUACUAUGUAUUAGCCUUUUGUUGGACUUGUGUAUGUAUUUUACCACAUGGGUUUUAAUGAUAAUGGUGUAUGACUGCUUUACAUAUGAGUCCUUAUGCAUCUGGAUGUUAAAAAUAAAGUGGAAUGGUCUCUUAAAAAGAAAAGAAAAGAAAAAAAAAGUGACAAAAAAAAAAAAGUCCAAGACAAUGUUCCUUGAUUUAAAAAAAAAAAAAGAAAGAAAAAGAAAAAGAACAAAGGAAAAAAAAAAAAAGAAAAAAUUAAAAUAAAUAGACCAUUCCAGAUGGUGAUCUACCCUUCCCCCCAAUUAUCACAAAAGGAGCUAUAAUCACUCAAUAAUAAUGAUUAAUGAUACCUUUACAAUAAUGUACAAUCCAAUGUUUAAAAUUUAUACCACUUCAGUUUGGUUUGAUACUAUGAAUUUUCAACAGAUGUCUUAAAAUUUAAAAGCAGGCUGAUUAGUUUGGUGCCAGACUUCAAGUAGAGCUAACAUUUGGUGAAUAAGAAAGCAUCAUUUUACAUUUUGGAUGUAUGAAAGAAAACUUGACCAUUUGAAGAUGUAUGAAUAAAGAAAUGUACUAUAGAUACUACUUUAGGAAAACACUGUUUGUAGUCGUGAAAGAUGCCAAAUUGGCAGAGGCUCACGUUUCUUCUCUUUACACCAAACAGCAGAGAGAGAUCAUCAUUGCCUGAAUUUAGUUUUGUGACUACAAGAGCAAGACCUGUUCCUGUCCGGAGACGACUGUUAAUGAUAAUAUCAUCCUAUCAUUUUGUUGCCCUUUACCAAUUUGAAUAGAUGUUUACAUGUACUAUAAUUAGCAUUUUAUCUUUACAGUACACCUGAGUCCAGAAGUAUCUGAAUGUGUGCUCUGUGUGACCUUACCAUAAAGGUUUUUUCCCCUUACUUUAUAGCCAUUAUUUUUUUAAACACCUUAAGAAGGAACAGGGCCUCUUAGUUUCCUAAUAUGAAAUACAUUCACCUCAGCCAAAUUGAGAAUUGUGUCUGGGAAAUCUAUAAAGCCAUGAUACUGUGUUCAUUAGAGCAUGAACAAUUUAUAAUGAAGAAAAUGAAUUAAAAAAGUUAAGCAUAGUUUGGUUUUAAUUUUUUCUUGGUUUUAAGAUAUAUUUCUGAGAUUACGAUGGUCACUUAAAAUAAUUUUGAACAAAUAAGAUAUUUUUACACACUGUAAUAGCUUGCCUAUUUCUUAUGAAUAUACUUCAUUGCCGGCACCACUUACCAAAAUAUUUUUUUUAAUUCUUAGCUCUUCAAAAUCAACAAGGAGAAUAAUUUUCUUUUCAAGUAAUAAAUGAUGAUCUGUGAAUUAUAAAUAAUGAAAGAUAUCUAUUAAAUGUCCAAUUUACACAGUUUUUCCUGUUUUCUUCACUUGUAAUCAGACAUCAAAGAUGAUCUUAAAAGCAAGGGGAAAUAGUGUUCGUGUCUAACAUUGCUAAAGACUAUAUAGUUUUGAGCUACUUUAAAAGUGUACGGUGCUCGCUUUGGCAGCACAUAUUCUAAAGUUGGAACGAUACAGAGAAGAUUAACAUGACCCAUGCCCAAGGAUGACAUGCAAAUUCGUAAAGUGUUCCAUAGUUUUUAAAAAAGUGUAUGUACAAAUUAUUUAUAAAUGAUGACUUAGAUGAUUAAAUCUCAUCCUAAAUGCACACUCACAAUAUCCUUUUUACAAAGGGUUUCAUAAAGUUUUCACAAAAUUAAUUUCUCAUUAUUCCUUCAUAGAUUCUAGGAGGGAUUUGAGCACUCAAGUUAUGCUUGUGGCGACUCUAUUAGAAAAGUCCAAGUUACACUGAUUUCACCUUUUUUUUUAAGUUCUAUCAAGUUCUGUCUACACUUUUAGUGUGCAAAGCUGACUGUUCUACAUUUUUCCCUCCAGUAUGCAUCGUGAUUGUCUUCAUAAAAAAAUGAAAAGAGCGUUAAUAAACACAUCAGUCAUAAUGUAAAUUAUAUGUUUUGAUCCACGUUGGUUACACACAGCAUGGUAAAGGAAAAGUCAUAUUGUAGAAAGUCUUCUGAUAAGAGUUAUUACCUGGUAGCUUACAAGGCUUUUUUUUUUUUUUUUUAACUAGACUUUUCUUUUGGUUCAGAUUUACAAACUAGUAACUGAGAAUUCAAAAACUUUUCCCAGAUUAGUUUGGUAUUUAUUGUUUUCAAGAAAGGAUUCCCUGCCCCUAUAAUAGUAGUUUAGCUGCUAGGUUAGAAUUCAAAGAACAUUUUCUGAAGAGACCCUACUUGCUCUUUAGUUUUGUUUCUUUAAAGGAUGUGGACCACCUACUACCACCUUCAACUUUAUUUUGUCAUGUUUUUUCCCUUUGCUUUUAAAUUAAAAUCUAAACAAAAUUAAAUAUACCAGUCAGAAUCAAAAGUCAAGAUGAUUUGAUUCUCAUAAGAUCAUUGUGUUUUUUGAAAAUUGCUGUGAGAUCCAGUUGGUCAGUUAUGUAUUUAAAUCUUCAUAUGUUGAUUAAAGAUAAGGUUCUCAUUUUUUUAUUUCCCUAAAUAGGAUUCUCAUGGAGCUAUGUGUAGAUAAUUGUACAGAAUCACUUUUGUGUAAUGAAUGGUUUACCUCUGCAUGAUUGCAUUAUGGAAGCCUUUUAUAUAUCUUUAUAUUUUUCAAUAUACUUAGAUUUUACACUAUUAGCCACUCUAGUCAUGCUAUAUUUGUUUUUUUAAUAGAGUUUAUAAAUAUUUAUGCUCAAAAUACAGAUCAACUGAAUAUUUUUGGUCUUGUUUACAAAAUAAUACUUUAAAGUGAUACAGGCCCCUCAAGUGUCUUAGGAAAAAGUCGGUGCUACAAAACCUUUCAUUAAUCAUUUUGAACCUGUUGUCUAGACUUCGCUAUGCUUUAAUCUAUGAUUGCUUGUGAUUUAUUCUAAUCUAGCAGCAUAAUUAUAAAAGUGGUCCUUGCUGAGUCAGAUAAAGAGCCCAGCCAUUAGAAACACCUCGUAAUUUAAGGAAAUGAUACAGAAUGACUGUACACUUUUUUGUGCCCAGCUUCCUCCAAAAGAUUAUUUUGAUAAGGUUAUUAAUUUGACUAAAAUUUAAAAAGAUGUAUUCAGCAUGGCUGUUUCUCAUACUUCAAAUGGAAAACUUUCCUAGUACUAAAAUAUUAUGUAAUCUUCCUCUGCUUUAAAUUGCCAUCUAUCUUUCACUCAACAAGAGGCAGAGUAAUUCUUGACUAUUUACAGAAUACUUGAUGAGUUAUUAAGAGAUGUAUUAUUACAUUGUACAAGUUUUGCAUUGAUGUGUAGAGGUGUUUUUUUUUUGUCCCCAAGAUUUUAUUCCCAGCACCUUAGUGAAUGUUCUUAAGAUACUAUUGUUAAGUAUCAGCAAAGCAUUCAUAGAUGUUUACUUUUGAUUCUCAGAAUCCUGAACUUGUUUUGAGUGGUACUACUUCAGAACAUAUUGUCUGGCACAAGAUUUCCUUUAAUAAGUGGUUUAUUUUAACUUAGUUUUUUGUGGACUACUGAAUCUAAAAACACCAAAGGAGUUUUUUGUCUGAAGACUGGAUUGUUCCAGUGUUUAAUACCUGUGCCCAUAAGUAUCCCAUUUCAUGAAUGUGUGUUGGCAUGGGGAAAAAUAUUCCCUGCUCUUUGAGUGGAGCGAAAGUAAUUGGUUAAGCUGUAGCAGCUUUUUGUUUAUUUUUAAAAGUGAUAAUAAAACUUGAACUUAAAAAGGCAAAACUUGAACUAGAAAACUACUCUUGUAUGCUUAGAAUGUUUAUAGUAUUACGUGGUUUAUGUGGGGUUGUCAACAUUUUUAUUAUUUAUAGUUGAAUUAUGUUUCGUUUGUUGAAUAUCCAUAAUGUUUAUUAUUUUUAUAUUUUGAAAAUUUUAAAAUAAAAUAGUCUUACUAAAAACAGUUGUUAACGUUUAGAAUUGUCCUACAUCUUGCAUCAACUAUAUUAAUAUAAACUAGAAAGAUAUGUACCCAUUGGGCAUAACAGCUGAGAAUUCUGAAAAUUGUCUAUACAAAGAAAUGUCUCCACAUUUUCUCUUCCCUUUUCACCCCUCAUUCUUUAAGUUGUUUUGAGUCAAUUUUGAUGUGUUGAUAGCCUAAUAACUUCUCUCACAUAUGCAUACAUAAAUUUCAUUUCCCUUUCCUCCCUAGUUUCUAUCUCUUCACUAUUGGAAUUUUUCUCUAUUCAUUUGGUGGCCAACAACUUAGGAAUGAUAAGUAUAAAAAUACUAUAAUGAUGUCAAAGGAGGAACUCCAUGGAUUUCUAAAAGUGAAAUGCUACAGUAUCAAUCCCCAAGACGAUUGAAAGCUUUCAAAGUUCUCUCUAUUACCUCACAGUUUUCACCUAAGGUUUUUCUCCUCCUGAUCUGAUUUGGUCUACUUUUCCUGCAUUUAGCUUGUUCAUUUCAUACUUAAUUUUAUCAAAUGGAUUUUAUGAAAAAACUGCAAAAAUGCAUUUUCAUCUCACUGCUUUAAUUAAAAAAAUCUAAAAGAUGGUUGUAAAAUGGACAACUUGUGUUAAUGUUGG